CUACGUGACUGUCAUGUAGAAAGUAACUUAUUUCAAAGGUUUCACAAGCGUUCAAGGAUAAAGUUUAUGGCGCAGCUGAUAGUCUUAAGAGCUACAUAUUACACUGUGAACCUUCGCUGCUUUACGAACGUCAACUUUUGCUGACUUCGGUCACGCUAAAGAAAACAAUGGAGGCACAGUUUAUAACAAAGGAUGCUGGGUUAACCUUCUGGCUGGCCAGACCGCAGGACUUUGAUGAGGUGAUGGCCAUAUCAAAUGGCAUUUAUGGGGGCAAAGACUACUUACCGCAUCGCUACCACACCUGGAUGACUGAGCCAGGCAGAGUGGUUAUUAUUGCUAGGAGAAGUGGGAAGCUGGUGGCGCUGGAUUCUGGACUGGUUGUUGAUGGGGGUCAGACUGUGGUGAUGGAGGGGCUAAGGGUGUGCAUGAGUGAAAGAGGUCAUGGUGUGGCUGGAGUGAUCCAGCAAGUGACCGACAGCUACGUUAAACAGGUUUACCCAAGUGUGAACACCAAGAGACUUACGAGAGGUGAUAACCCACCACCCGAGAAGCUCUCAAAAUUCACUGUUCUGGCUCAGCGUGCUAUUCUGACCUUGUGUGGAGAGGCAGAGAGUUUCAAAGGCUUUGUCUUAGGCCUGAGAGCAAAACUGGACACCAUGGAAAAGUUAAAUGACAACAAGAACUGUCUAGUUGCUGUAAAGGACAGCCAUCAACUCAAGGCCCUACUCCUGGACCCAGACCUCUCCUCUAGGCUUCAGCUUCCAGGAGGGGCCAUCAUCCAAGACUGGCAGCCUCUGAAGCCAAUAGAAAGCAACUUAGAAAUCUUAGAAAGGCGGAACCUUACCUGGUUGGCUAACUGUGCCAGUGACAAACCAACAUUCAUGAGUUUUCACACACCGGCCUACCCAAUUCCAUUUAAUGGUGGUUCCUUGCGAUUUAAUAUAGACAUGUUUGGGGCUAAUCUUUCUUUGGCAAGGAAGGCACUGAUAGCCCAUUUGGAGCAGGAAACUGGAGAAUUUCAUAAAUGUGUUUUGGUUAAUAUCUACAUGCCGCAAACCAUAUGGGAGGGUAUGAGAGAGUUCUGUGAGGGACAUGAAGGAGUGAAACAAUGCAGGAAUUACUGGAGCCAACUGUUUCUGGAGCAAGAAAUACCAUGAUUGGCAGAUAAGCACAGAAAAAUAUGAGCUGUCUAAGGUAUCAAUUAGCAGGCAUUUAGAAGCAAUAUUUACAGUAAAUACAACUCAUUUACUCAGUUAAUGAUAUUAGAUAUCAUAUAUUCUUUGCCAAAACUCAGAAACUCAGUUUGUAUAGUAUGCACCUAAGAAAGUGAGCACACUAUCUGUAUUUGUAACUUUAUAUGCUAAAAACACUCUAAAAGCACUCUUAAUAGCACUUUGACUUAACUAUUCAGUUUAUGCAUACUGCAGUGUAAUACUGGUACAGAUCAAAUCAAAAAUAAAAGCAAUGCCACAGAGCUCAAAAUUUUUAUGUAGUUUUUCUUUUUUUUGCAUCCAUUUACAAUGCUGACUUUUUUUUUAUAAAGUCCGCACUGAUCCUAUUCAGACCUCCAGUUACCAUCUUUCAUGUUUUAUUUUUAUUAAGCUGAAUAAGGAACAUCAUUGUAUUUGAACAUAUUCCUGAAAAGAGAGCUGCACACAAUUACUAAUAACAUUGAACAGGAAAUACUGACUGCAUGUGGAUGGACGCUGUAUUUCUAGGCAACAGGAGAUUGAUGAA